UAUCAAUAAAUUCACAUUUAAAUUCUUUCUCGUAAAGUUUUCGAUAUUAUUUUGGGAAAAUUUCUCGAAGUCAAGCCGCUAACUUUUUUUCAUCUUAAAAAAGUUUAUAACAAAUUGAUGAUGUUCAAAUCAUCACUUUUCUACGCUAGCCACUUAUUUUCUAGUCAUCACCGUAAUUUGUAUCGACGAUUGUUGCCUUAUAAUAUAUCAAAAUAUUUGCAUACAUCAUUGUUAUGUUUAGCUGCUCAAGUUGAUUACUAUAAAGUACUUGGUGUAUCGAGAAAUGCUUCACAAAAAGAUAUUAAAAAAUCAUACAUCGAAUUAGCAAAGAAAUAUCAUCCUGAUACCAAUCCCGGUAAUAAAGAUGCUGCCAAACUUUUCCAAGACAUAGCCGUAGCUUAUACGGUUUUGUCAAGCAAAGAAAAACGAAGUCAAUAUGAUGCGCAAUUCGAACAAGAACAAAAUCAAACAUUCGAAUCAUUUAGACGUUCAUCUGCUUCCACUUAUCAAUCACCUUAUGAAACAUUUCAUUCUUCAGUCAAUCCUGAAGAAUUAUUUCGAAAAAUUUUCGGUACCGAUUUUCAAGAUCGUUUCACCAAAGCUGAUCGCGAAUGGAUUGAUUAUUCGGGUACUGAACAUGGCCACGCUCCAACAGAAACUACUAUUAUAAGUUUAUCAUUUCGUGAAGCUGCAAAAGGCUGUGAAAAAGUGGUUGAAGCUCGAACAUUAACUGUUUGUGAAAAAUGUAUGGGCAUCGGCAGUGAACCCGGAAAAUCUAUUCAAGUCUGUCCAUUCUGUGAAGGCCUUGGCUUUGAAAUUAUCGAAGGUGUUGAAGAUAGAUUUCGAGUAACAUGUCGAUUUUGCAAUGGUAAAGGACAUAAUGUUGUUAAUAAAUGUACCAACUGUUUGGGUUACGGACGAACGUUGGUUGAACGUAAAAUCAUAAUUCCUGUACCACCUGGUGUAACGGAUGGUGAAACAUUUAAAGUUAACGUUGAUCCAUCCGAAGGAGAUUCAGCUCGUGGAACAAUAGGAACUCAACAGAUUUACAUUAAGUUUGUGGUAGAACCAUCUGAAUACUUUUCCGUAGAUGGCAAUGAUCUUCAUUCAUCAGCAUCGAUAUCGAUACCGCAAGCAGUGUUUGGCGGUGAAAUUAUUGUCGAUGGAUUAUGGUGUGAGGAAAAAGUUACCAUUUCUCCUGGUUCAGAUUCGCAUACCGUAAUGAAAUUAGAUAAGAAAGGUUUAAAAGACAAAGUUAAUCCAACAUAUGGUGAUCAUUAUGUGCAUCUAAAAAUCAUUGUGCCUAAAACUCUCACCAAGGAAGAAAAUGAAUUGUUACGAAAAUAUGCUAAAAUCGAAAAUUUAACUAAUGGUUCGAUUCAUGGCAUUCAUAAAGAUGCAGAAAAAACCAGAUCCGAUAGCGAUCGCAAUGCGACUGAUCCAGAUAUUUCCGAUCAUGAACGUUUGCAACAAGCAAAAAUAAAUUUUUCGAUUUCGACUAUUUUUGAUGGAUUUAUUGGCGAACCAAUAAAAAAAUUUUAUCGAAUGUCAAAAGUGAUUUUAGGAGAAUUCAUGUCUAAAAAAUAAAAAUUAAAAAUUUCAUUACGCUCUUUGUGAUGAACUCUUA